GUGAAGGUUAGAGAAUACACGAGUGCUCGGGAAUAGGGGUUAUUACCUUGGGACUGCAGAAAACAUUUGGAGUAAUUCAGACAUUGUUCACUGACAGUUCAUGUGGAGACCAAGUCGCUGGCCAGGGAUCACAUAAUUUCACUUCAAAGAAACAAACAUUUCAAGCAUCAAUGAGAGUUGCAAGAUCCAUGUGGUGAUGGAGCACCGAGAUGUGAUACAGACCUGGUGGCUUCUUCUCAUCUGUUCCAGUAUCAUUAAAGCUGUCACUUUCCCUCCCACUAAAGACUCAGCCAGUGACAGCUCUCUAUUCAGUAAUCCGACCUUUAUUUAUUCGGCUGAAAUUGAGCAGAGCUUGAACUCAGUUGCUAUGAGUGACUCAUCCAACCGCCCUUCUCAGCCUUUGCUUGAGAUGUCCAACAAGAACUCAGUUCAUGGCACGCAUUUCUUCCCAUCAAACAUGAGCAAGUCCCCACGACACCUGAGGAGGCCUCUGAGUGAAAAUGGCUUUGAUUUCAGCGGGGAUGAUGAGGAUGUUGAUAGUGAGGAUGAUUUCAAUUUUGAAACAACUGAAAAGGACGUUUUUGAAUCUGAGCAGUUUAUUUUAGAAAACACAUCUGUUCCACUGGUCCCUUCUGCUCGCACGAGUGAAAACACCGACCACUCGUUAUUGAGGCCAUCUGAAAGUACACCAGGUUAUCAUACAAUUCAAACACAUCAAAGUCUCAGAAAUACUCAAGGUGGCAGAACGGUAGAUGCCAGAACUUUCCUCCAAAGGCCCACAGCUACAUCUUCAAUUGAUUCCCCUGUUUUCAAGGUCACUGCUCACCACACAGUUCUUGAAAAGCUAACAGACAGACACAUCACCACCCUUGGGAAAAUGGGUCAAACAUCAACUCCAAAUCAUUCAGCAACUGAGCAACGAUAUUUGCUCACUAGUUCAAAUGCACUUGAAAAGGAGGAGGCAGUUGUACAAUUUGAAGGACAGCCUGAACACACUUCACCUUCGUCGGUUCCUGGUCCUUCUCUUGCACAAAGGGACCAAUCCUUGAUUAAAAAUGAGCCAGGCGAGAGUCAUAUGACUCCUGCACCAUUGCAAUCUGCUUCUCCGUUGAUAACAGAAACGGAUUAUUCUCUAGUGACUGAAGGAAGCUCACUCCCUGCUAGACAGCCCAGUGUUGGUGUCACUCUACAAAGCAAUCAGUUAGAUUUCUUAAGUGGGACCAAUGCAUCGGAAGCCAGGAGCCAACGCAAUUAUCAGCACACUACUAACAUUGGAGAAAAUGCCCUGAAUUUGCCCAUUUCUUCCACUACUGAACAUCUGGAGCCCGGAAUGAAGAAGGAAAUGAUUGACCAAGUUAAUCCAAGUGAAAGAUCCCUAGCUGGAGUUGACAGUGCAACUACAACACAAUGGCUUAGAUCACCAAUGUACGAUGCCAGAAAAUCCUCACCUGCCCAUCAAAUUACUGACUCAUACUCUAGCUCGCAACAUGGAUAUGACAUCUACACACAGCCAGCAGAUAACAUGACAACAGUUGUUAAGGUGCUACAAGAUGCACAAUCCCUUGAUAUUCCAAAGGCAGAUGUUGAUGGGGGUUUAACAGCCAGGAAUGAGCUUUCCACAGAGACUGUUACCACUUCCCCAACAGCAGGACUCCAGCACUUGACCAUGAAAGGAUUCAGAAAGGGAGUGACAUCAACUGAGUCAACAAGGACAGACACUUCGACUUAUUUCUUUGCAUUAACUGCACAGAGACAUAUGCUGUCAGUAGAAGUUAACCCUGUUCUUACAUCCACCAGAAAUAUGAGAGCAGAGUACACCCCGAGGGGUAGUUACAUGGCAAUGCUGCAGACGAAACCCACGGUACUACCUCAAAGGCUGACAGCAAGGGUUUCUAACAAAACACACAUUUCUACCACCCAGCAACCUGCGGUUGGCACCAAAUGGACGGCGACCAAUUUGAGUCUACCUCGGACAACGUCGAGAGCUCUUUCACCCACUCCCCGUCCCACCAAAGUGUUUCAAACGCAGACAUCAACUGUGAAAGGUACUGUGACAGUGAAGACAACUCCACCAGUUACUGGCAAGCCUGGAACCCAUCAUAACAUCAUGACAACAACAAUGGAUGGUAAAUCAGGGAACAACAGACAAAGUCCAACCACAAUGAUAGCAGUCAAUACUUCAACUGGUGUCAACACUUCAUCCAAAGGACAGGACUCACAACAUGGAUCAGAACGGAAAAAUAUCAGGCCGGUCAAUGCCCAGAAACCAGAUCACACAUCAAACUCAAAGCCAACCGUUGACAAUAGUUCAGAUGAAUAUAAAUCUUAUUCCCGACUGUGUUCUACGUGGGAUAGGGAGUGCAUCGCCAAUAAAACUUCAGCCCAGUGGAAUGAUCUGAAACAGACAUUGGGCUUUGCUUGGGAAAUGCAUGUUUAUGGGGCUGGAAUACUCUUUGUUAUCCUCAUGCUGAUGUCUCUUAUUAAUUUAAUUGGCUCUCCUAUUUUAUACAUUCCAGAUCUGAGCUAUCUCAUGGCAGCCAAUGCCCAACUCUUUGCAUUGGGUCUUUUAAGAGCUAUUUAUCUGUUCCUUGAUCCCUAUGGCAGCAAGUCCAAGCUUCCUCCGGUAGGUAGUUUGGUGUUGUACAACAUUACACUUCCCCUUCUCAUCACCACCUUUGGCAUUCUUACCCUGAUGUUGCUGAAGAUGGGGAAACUUCAAAUGCUCUCCUCAAACAUACAGAGCCCAGCCUUCUUGGCAGUGAUUGCAGUUAUCCAUUUUGUCGUUCUGUUAAGUGGCGAUCUCUUAUAUUUGCUGCUGAAUCCUGCUGUGAAUAUAAUCCUCCAUAUCUUCUCAGUUUCAUGGGGAUCAUUUCUCAUCUUUGCAUUUUUUCUCAUCUGUCGCAAACUCAAGAUUCAAUCGGAAGCCACUGUUGGGCAAAUCCAGCAAUCAACAGUCCACAAUGAGGAAUCAAUUGAUCUCCAGAAUCCAGAGAGGGCACUGAAGCAGCUUUUGAUCUUCACAAGAGUGAUGGCAAUUGGAGGUGUCUUUGGAUUACUUUGCUGUGCACUGCAAGUCUAUGCUAUUUUAUGGAUGUACGGAAUAUUGGGAGAGAAGGGUCAUUUCUAUUGGUCUUGGUGGUUCCUCCAGUUCUGGUAUCGAUGUUUUGAGAUUGUAAUAUCCUUUGCCAUGUGUUUCGUGACCUCCUAUGCAUUCUGUCAGCACCAAGGCCGGCCUGAUCACAUUUGUUGGAGCAAGAUUGUUCAAUACUUCGAUCGCUACAGGAAGAGGGAAGUGCCGGAAUACCCUAACAACUGCUAUGAUUGGUCAUCUGGAACCCAAGACAGGAUAACCAACAAUGACAUCUGCAAGAACCUUAUACGAAAUCAAUCAGAGAAUAUGCCCCUUAAAGCAUUGAAUGAACCGAAGCCAAACAAAAGUUACUGCAACAAAGAUGGCUCCAUGAUCUCUCUGGAUCACAGGCCCAAAAUACCAGUCCUGGGACCCAAAUCUCACAAUUUAAUGAUGGGUCGCUCAUUUACCAGCAUUUGCAUUGAGAAGGAGUCAGUGUUAUCCCUCAAUGUCUUUGACUUACGUCCACCUUCACCCAUCAAUCUUAGCCGAAGCAUUGACGAAGCUCUUUUCAGGGAGCACAUCCUCAGAGACAGCUUGUUUCACUCUUCCAGUCUUCAGUAUCCCAGCGACAAAUCCGUGGAAAACUCUUCCUCCUCUUUGACAAUACGCAAAGCACUUGAUCAGGGUAAUGUCACACUGGGGCCAUCAGAGUUCAAGCGUCGCAACAGUGACCCAGACUAUUUGUACAGCCUCGCCAAGUGCAGCUCAUUGAACAAUGUCCAAACGGAUACAUCCCAGCAGACCAGCCAGGAUCUUGAGCACACGCAAGCAUCCAGCAGGUUGCACCGGUCAGCAUCCAGCAGUUCCUUGGACAGUGCUUCUAAAACAUCCUUUGGAAUCCAUUGGUACUCAUGGACACGUAACCAUUCCUCUGGCGAGAGUGUCCCCUCUGCUGACCCAGCUAGUGAGAGCCUCCUCCCGCCAAGCAAGAAUUUAGACAGUUCUGAAGUGAAAUUGGUGACAGAAGACCCCAACCUUGAAGCGCAUAAGAGCUUUAUAGAAAUAAGAGUGAUUGAUGAUGUCAGUCUUUCUAGUGAUACCAUUGAACUUUAAUCCUUGGGCACAAGUUGGUUUGUUUAAUAGUACUUGGAGAAAAUAUCAGAUCUGGUUGAAUUCCAGGCAUCUUGCAUUGUUUUUAAUAAGAACAAAGGCUCAUGAUUACCACUGAUUGAAAGGAGUGUUACAAGACACUCAGAGAAAGGAGCAACAAUACUUUGUCUUUAUUCACUGAAACUUAGUCAGCUCUUCACUCUCUGAUUGUGAGGCUGAAUGUUUAGU